GAGAGAGAGAGAGAGAGAGAGAGAGAGAGAGAGAGAGAGAGAGCUCUGACAAAGAGCGAUGGCUUGGUUCUCAGAGACUGAGGCUCAAUCACCCAACAUAAUCAUACCAGAUGAAUGGUCCAAUGCAGCGGACACCAUAGCCUACGACUCAAUAACUUCGCCGCCUCCAAUUGCUUUAAUCUGCGGCGCCAAAAAUAGCGGCAAGACCACCUUCUCUCGCCACCUCCUUAACGUUCUCCUCCAGCGAUACAAAAAAGUAGCUUAUUUGGAUGCCGAUGUUGGGCAGGCAGAGUUUACGCCUCCCGGCUGUCUCUCACUUACUGUAAUUGACAAGAUGACUCCAGAUUUGACAAUUCCAUGUCUGAAAACACCAGAGAGGUGCUAUUUCUUUGGUGAUAUAUCCUCAAAAAGGGAUCCGACAACAUACUUGAGUUGUAUAUUUGCCCUAUUUGAUUACUAUCAGAAGGAAUAUUGCGUGUUCAAUGAGAGUGAAAACCAUGGUAAAACUGGACUGCCCCUUGUUGUUAAUACUCCUGGCUGGGUGAAAGGUAUUGGUUUUGAUAUACUUGUGGGUAUGUUGAAAUAUAUUUGUCCUACCCAUGUUAUUAAGAUCUGCAUCUCUGCUGAGAGUAAGAACCUACCAGCCGGCACAUUCUGGUUAGAUGAUGAAGAUAAGGCAGCAGUGGUCCUACUUGAGGUCAAUUCAGCUCGUCAGGACUCUUUAAAUAGAUCGGUAUUGGUACAAAAGAAUGCACACCUUCUUCGGGAUUUUCGUUUGAUGGCUUAUUUUAGGCAGUGUUUUCCCAGCGACUUGAAUAUUACCACAAUCAAGGAGCUUGGCCGGGCACUAGCUGCUCAGCCUCCAUAUGAAAUUUCCAUAUCGGGUAUUAAGAUUAAACAUCUCCACUGCCAGGUCCCAAGUACUGAAAUAUAUUACAGUUUGAAUGCAACUAUUGUUGGCUUGGCAGUCAGUUCUGAAGUCCCGGAACAUUUGCCUUGCUGUGUUGGCCUGGGAAUUGUAAGAGGCAUUGACACUCUACGGCAUUUACUAUAUGUAAUCACCCCUGUUCCACAAAACAUUCUGGAGAAGGUCAAUCUUUUACUACAGGGGUUUAUCCAAAUUCCUACUUGUUUGUUGCAGGUACAGGGAUGCAUCUCUCCUUAUAUGUCUGCAAACGUUUUGCCUACAAAUUAACGGAUACACAGCUGUGGAAGUUUCAGCUUUUCUUUUGAUAUGAUCUCCUUACAAGCUAGUUUUCUGGUGACAUAGUUCCUUUAACUUGCAUGGCAUGGAUGGUGGUGUUAUUCCGUCGUGUUUGUUCCUUAAAUUAUAUGAGAGAGAGAGAGAGUUAUCAGAAAUGUGUAUACAAGGUUGUAACUUCAGCCAAAAACCCUGCACUGGCCCAUACAGUAUUUUAGAAAUGUCAACUAUACUGGUGCUUUACAGGAUGUUCAAUUAAACUGGAAAAUGUGCUUUGGUACACCAACACAAACUCAUAUUAAUUUGAUGUUCAAAUAGACAUCUCUCUCUAUCUCUCAAAUGAGUGUACUUAUGCUAUUUUCAUAGGAAAUGUUAUGGGUACCAAAAGUUACUAGUGAAUACUGAAUCAACAGUAACAUAUAACCUGCUUGACGAUGUGCAGAUUUA